AUGGCUUUAUCCCCUGGAAACAGUCUGAACGUGAACCUGGGCUUGCAGUCCGAAUGGGCUGAUUUCAGCCGUUUUGGAAGUGUGGUGGAGGUGAACACGUCCCAAGCAGAGAGUCGUCGCCAGAAAAGAAAUCUCAUCAAGGAUUACGACCCUUCUCGACGGGAAAGUUCCCCGGCACGAAAGAAACAGAAGGGCAUGAUGGAUAAUACUGAUAGUCCUCCCCGUCCAGCUUCACCUUCGUCUGUCCAAAGCAACUCACCUCUUGAAUCUUCUGGUAGAUUCCCUGAUGGAUUGCACCCUAAGCUUCCUUCCAAUGGCGUGACCCCCUACAUGAUGGCUCGCUUCCUUGAUGAAGCAGAGUAUCCGCCCGAGGGAUUGUCGCCGUCCCACCUCGAACAAAUCGGCCCCAUCGCCCCACAGAACGUAUCUCGACGCACGCUAUCUCGAGACACAGACUCCGAUCCUGACUUCCACCCCCAUUGCCCCUCACUCACAAAGCGUCUUUACGAAGGUUUUGAGUUUGAGGACGAGUUCCAGGAUUUCGACGAGAAUAGCCCUGACGACAUCGACAGCGAGGACGACAUUCACCACACCAUCGAUCACGCGAGCAACGUUGACGAAGAAAAUCCAAACAACAUACUCUGUGAGUUCUCUCAGCCAUGCCACAUGGGCCCUUCUCCAGACGGAAUGCACUACCGCAAGGUUGUUUCGCACUUCUUCGGCCGAAACAAAGCUUCCACGAAGCUCUUCCCCGACGCCGUCUGGGUUCACUACUGCCGAAAGCAUUACCAACGUGCCCGAUACCGCGCCGAUCAGUGGCCUUUCACACAAUGCGAGCUACUUAUUGAGUCGCUCUCUCGCAUGGAGGAAUGGGGUGGUGUUGAAAGCUUCAAUAUUGUACUCCGGCGCCGUGAGAUACUCCGAGUCGACCAGGAAGAGAACCUCGGGGAGUUCACUGGCAGAAACAAGAAGCCAAUGACCAACAGCGCAGCGAAGAGACCCUCUAAUGGUCGAAGCCUUACCUCGGGUCGUAGGCUGCCGAGAGCCGUCGUGGCUCCCGUCCCCGCAUGGCUUCGCAGAUGUGCAGGACCUCGGAAAUCUUUCGACGAAAUCCGUGCCAUUGUUUGCCAAACUCGCGAGUACAUGGAGCAUAUGCGUGAUGAGGAAAAGGCCCUUGCCACUGCCCCAGAUACUCGGACUGAUGAAAACGGCAACAAUGGAGCCAAUGCUGGUGGCGGAAAGAAGGGCGUUUGGGUUCCAGCCCGAAGUGGCUCCAAGGAUAUUGAGCGACACCAAAAUAGCCGAGCGAAAUUCCCUGACAUUGAAAUCCUGCCUACCUUCAAGAAAUGGGUCGUGGAAGCUGCAGUGAAGCAGCGGGCACAGGGAAUGCUUCAGACUAAGACUGGAAAAGCCAAGGCCAAGGCCAAGACCGAGGCCAACACAAAUGAUAACCAAGAAUCCCCCGAUGCAGAGAAGACCACUACUUCCGACGAGAGAGAAAACGUCGAUAUUGGCCGUACUGGAGUUAACCGAGGAAGCUCGGCUAAGCAACGUCGACGCAGCGACCAGAGCUUUGUGGAAAUGGUUACGCGGGUUUCCUAUCGGGGAUCGGUGAAGAAGCCUUCGGCUCCUAAGCGUCGUUGA